CAAGACAUCUCUUCAUUAGAGAGGGUGAAGGGGAACCAGAGAGCACAAGGAAACUGACUCAGGAGGCAGAGACCAUGGGCAUCCUCAGCGUAGACUUGCUGAUCACACUGCAAAUUCUGCCAGUUUUUUUCUCCAACUGCCUCUUCCUGGCGCUCUAUGACUCGGUCAUUCUGCUCAAGCACGUGGUGCUGCUGUUGAGCCGCUCCAAGUCCACUCGCGGGGAGUGGAGGCGCAUGCUGACCUCAGAGGGAAUGCGCUGCAUCUGGAAGAGCUUCCUCCUCGAUGCCUACAAACAGGUGAAAUUGGGUGAAGAUGCCCCCAAUUCUAGUGUGGUACAUGUCUCCAAUCCUGAAGGAGGUGACAGCAGUGGUAAUGGGACCCAAGAGAAAACGGUUCAUGGAGCUGAGUGCCAUCUUCUUGACUUUGCCAGCCCUGAGCGCCCACUGGUGGUCAACUUUGGCUCAGCCACUUGACCACCUUUCACUAGCCAGCUGCCGGCCUUCAGCAAACUGGUGGAGGAGUUCUCAUCAGUGGCUGACUUCCUCUUGGUCUACAUUGAUGAGGCUCAUCCUUCAGAUGGUUGGGCGGUACCUGGGGAUUCUUCUUUGUCUUUUGAGGUGAAGAAGCACCGGAACCAGGAAGACCGAUGUGCAGCAGCCCACCAACUUCUGGAGCGUUUCUCCUUGCCGCCCCAGUGCCAAGUUGUGGCUGACUGCAUGGAUAAUAAUGCCAAUGUAGCUUACGGGGUGGCCUUUGAACGUGUGUGCAUUGUGCAGAGACAGAAAAUUGCUUAUCUGGGAGGAAAAGGUCCCUUCUGCUACAACCUUCAAGAAGUCCGGCUUUGGCUGGAGAAGAAUUUCAAGAAGAUGAAAUCUAGAUUAGCAGGUUAAAGGUAUGAUUGUAAUAGAGUUUUUUUUUAAUUAUGUAAAAGAAAAGAAACUAAAAACUGAAUCCACUAUUUCAACUGAGACCCAUUGCUCACUGAAAGACAGGAAUUUACAUGUCAGAAGAACAUAAACCUCUAACAUCACAGUUCUCUUCUCACCACUCAAAUGGAAUUUGGCUAAAUAGUAGCCCCAUCACUUCUCUUCCUAGUGACAAACCCUGAACGAAAAGAUCCCAAGAUGGAGAGAAAGAAACAGUUACUGCGUGUGUUCAUUCUGACUUGAGAAAGGAGUGAUACAGCUGGUUGUGCUUUGGGGUGUGAAGAAGAGACUUAACCUGAAUAAUUACUAUGUAAGGGAAGCUACUGUCUAUGUUACAAUAGGUGAUAUUACCUAAACUUUAUUCAACAUGGAUAAAGUAUGACUGGAAAAUUCUCAAAUAUUUACUUUUAAUGAAUCCUAGAAUGUAGGCCAUGUGAUUAGGAUCUUGGUGUUUAACUUGGAAGAGCAGCUUCUUAUGCACUAGUUUCCAGCCAUAUGCCAAUAGUCUAUGCCAGUCUAAAUAUCCCAAAAUUCACAGGUGUGUCUGGUAGAUACCAAGAAUAUUUUCUCAAGUUCAGGGUCAGAAUGAUCAUCUGAAAUCUGACAGUUACUUUCUAGGCAGGUGGGGAAAGCACUAGAAGAAAAUCCAAUUGACAACUAGGAAAAAGAGGCAGACAAGCCUUCAUGGAUUUUACCUUGAAGCUGUAAAGAGUGGGGUUGAUUUAUUAGCCACAAAAAACAAAAACAAAAACAAAACAAAACAAAAACAUGAGGCAUAUACAAGACCAGGAAAAAAAAAAAUGGCCAACACAGCUUAGAAAAUAUACAUAAGAAAACAUUGUACUUACCAUGUAGUUCUAGAUUGAGGGAGAAAAGGAUUGAAAGGAGAGGAAAAUAGACUUUGAUGUUUGUAUUUGUGAGGUUUUUUGUGGAAAUAAUUAAUUUUUUAAAACAUGUUUGUGGUGUGUAUAUUUUCAGUUGGUGAAUUAUAUCCCAUGAUGCCAAUUAAAGGUAAACCCACUGGGUCCGGUGGUGCUGGCCUACCCCUCUCCGUUCCUACAAUUAUACAGCCCCACUUAUUCUGGUCUCAGUCUCUAUAGAAGUGUUCUCUCUUUAUAGUAUAUAGAGUACACUCUUUAGUGCAACUUUACAUAUUGGGAUAUAUACAUAUGCGUAUAUAUAUAUAUAUCUCAAGUAUAUAUACAUGCAUAUACUUUCUCAGCUGCUGUGGGAGGUAGGUGUCCUGGCCAUUCAAUUGUAGCUACAAUGAAUUGUAGCUUAUUCAUUACAGUGAACUGUAAUGAAUAAUAGGCACAAACAAACAAGCUUUCCUUUAGUCACUAAACAGAGGAAGAGGAAGUUAGUUUGAAACAAUUCCAAUCACUAAGGCAACCCUCAGCAGCAUGGGAUUUGAUAAAAUGAAAUUCCCAUUCAUAUUUGAAUUUGAAUUUGAAUUUGGGUCUUCCUUUCUUCCUGCUAGUGGAAGUUUAGUAAUUUAAGACCUCUAUACUAUACUACUGUAAUGCCAUUUUAAUAUAUAUGCCAUAUUUCUAAAAGAACGAUAUUAGAGUUUUAUCUAUAAAUAAUAUAAACACAUAAAUGUCAUAACCCCCCAAAGAAUAGACUAAUUGAUUUUGUAUAUAAAUUUUUAUUGUAAAUUUGAAGAUGCUAUUAAAUCACAGUAAAUGAUUAUAUUUAUACAAUCCUCUAAUUGUACAAUUGAAGGUUCUUGUAAGCAUUUCAUUAAUAACUGAGAAGCAAAUUAAAACUAGUAGCCAAAAUACCUUCAUUUGAAAACAUCUUCCUGAACUAGUUAACUGACUGAGAAAAAAAAUGGGAACAGAUUGCAACAAUCAAGACCAUUAAAAACAAACAAACAGAGCAACAUAUCAGUUAUAUCACUAGUUUCGUUAUUUAGAUAUUAAAGUAUCAUUUUAACUGAUGAUUUUUUUAUGGCAGCAUUUAAACUUUCCUGGUUUUAAAUUCUAUAAAACACAUUCUCAGUGGAACAAUGCAAAUUUUGAAAAUGUGACUUACCUAAAGAAUAUCUGGAAAAUCACGUUGAGAACAGAUAAUUUCAGUCUUCAAUUGUGGAACUAUAUACCCAGACUUUAUCAGUGUGCCCCACUGAUUUUUAUCUUUAAAUGGUGUUGAGAUGUUUGUAGUACCUUACUUUAGAGAAGUAGUAUGAAAAAUUGGUUGGGGCACCCUCAUACUGUUGUCCUUAAAUUUCCCCUUUGUUCUACAUGUACAAUAAGGAACAGGAUGUUGGAGAAGCUGGUGGGGGGAUGAGAUUUAGCUAAGGUUGUGUUAGUCGUCUGGGGAAAAGAAUGAUGGAUAAAAUCAUCCAGUUGUGAUAGUUUUUUAAAGAAACAGAAGGUUGUGUGUGUGUGUGUGCAAUUCCUCUCCCUGAGGAUAGUCCAAUGGAGAAAGGAAGGUGUGGAAAUGAAUUUACAAAUGCAUAUGCUGAAUAUCAGGGAAAAAGAUAUGUUCACUAGAACAUAGAAGUGCUACUGGAAGAAAAGGCUUUGAAUGGGUCAAUGGAGAAGUAAAUUGACAAAGCUCAGGAAUCCUACAAUAUGUAGAAUGGCUUGAUGAUAUCAGAGUUGUGAUCAACCUGCAAUUAUAUAACCUAUUUAUCUCCACAUCAACUUUUAUGAUUUCUUGUGAUAUAUCUAUUAUAAACUUAACAAGAACUCCUUAUUUGCUAUAGAAGAGAAUCAAUGCUUAAAUGAUAUGCUCAGAGAAAUUAUUAGAUUGCUAAUACUCUCCCUGUCUUUUAUGAUGUUCCUUUGAAGAAUUGUAGCUCAUAUGUAUGAACUAUGAAUCAUAGUUUAUAGAUAUGUAUACAUGUAUACAUACAUAUAUAUACAAAAACUUUGAGUUCUUCUUAGUAUAUAAACAUCCCUCCACCCCACACCAUAGGCUAUGUUUACAUGAAGCUAUCAGUUUAGGCUUUUAAACUGAAUUAGCUUGACUAUUAUUUAAUUUUCAAGCAAUUUUAGAUAUUUUAGCAUCUAGAUAUUGAAGCAUUUAGUAGUUGGAAGACUUAUGUUUUGGAACUAUUCAAAACUUACUUUAUUUUCCUGCUUAGAAAAAAUAUUAGAAUCGACAAUGACGUUCUUAAAUGGGCAUGAAUGAAAUGAAUGGAACACCACCCCAAUAAAGUAGAAGUGUCUGAAAAAAGGCAUUAAAAUGUAAUUGAUCUCCUCAGAAGCAGAUUAGUAACUCUGUUCUUUCUUUGUGUCCCUAAAGGAACAGUCAUUUAAUUUAUGUGACUCUUAUGUAUCACAUAUAAACUUACAUAUCAUAUGAUAUGUAAGUCCUAUGUCUUCACCUUGUUUAUAGGAUGUUCCUGAUUUUUGGCAAUAUCAACUUUUAAAUGGUCUCUUGAUUUAGUUCAUGUUUUUCCCCAUUACCCAGGAUAUGCUUAUUCUCUGAUCAAGGAGAGAAGACAAACCUACUGUUUUUCAUUUUAACCUGGAUGUAUUUCACCAUUUGGGUUCUUGAAUAAAAGUUAUAAAAUAUGGGGACAUCAUGCAUGGAUGCUGACUUGCUGCAUAAACUACCAGAGGGGCAGGUUAAAGACAUAUCUAUGCCUUUGGGAAAACUGGCAGCUAGAUACAAGGUGUCCUCAGCAUGCCCUGUGGGCUAUGUCUACACCAAAAGGAUUGCACUGAUUUACAAGACUCCCCAUUCUGUAAAUCAUAAGAGGAUGGACCUGGACAUUUAUUUCACCUGACCUCUGACUGGUGUUUGGGAAAAUAAGCUUGAGGGAAAAUGUAGACACUAACUCUGUCCAAUUGAAGAUUUAAGGAAAACCCUCUCCAGAGCUACAGCUUUUAGAACGAUCCCAAUGUCAUGUCUCUCAGUAGUGGAGACUGUGAGGUUUUUUAAUCCAGAAGUUUUCAGUUUUUUUAAUGAUACUGCCAAAAAUCAGAGCUGAAGUGUUUAUAUUCCAAUCUCCUUCCUCUUUCCUUUAUUUUAAAAAUAGAAGCCAAACCUAGUCUUCAUCUUUGUCCAGAAGGAGGCAUAAGCACCAACCUCUACUUGGUGAUCUGUACUCUCUUGGUAGUGUCCUGAGAUCCCUGUGAAAGCAAGGGGCAGGACCUGGGAGAAUCAGGAAGUCACUCACUGGGAAGAACUAACCCUUCUCGGCUCUGUGUAUGGAUUUGGGAUUUGGGAAGAUUUGAAAAUAAACUUCUCACCUUUGGAGAAGGGCUGCUGAAUCAUUGUAGGAUGAGCCAGACCCGGGCCACUACCUAAUGCCUUGUGUUCUGGAUAGCACCAGAAGCAAGGCAUCAGACUUGAGAGGCUCAGCUCUGUUCCAAGGUGAGGCUGAACCAAUAGAAGCAAGCUUCCAGACAUCCCAAAACGACUGCUCACACAAAUUGGGACUUGCUGUCCAUGUUGGGCAGCAGCGCCAGAGCUGCAGGGAGUUUAUUUAAUAUUUACUGAGGAGACUCCCAAGACCCAGGGGAUGUCACUAUAUUGACUCAGAAUUCCUCCUUACCCUCAAAGGCACACAGGUACCUACAUAAAUGAAAGGUCAUGGAAGAGGGUAAAUAAAAUCCUCAAGACUUCUCCAGACUGUCAAUAGUCGGCGUGGUUUUUGCAUAUGUUAGGAUUGGAAAAUCUGAAGACAUAAGUAUCCAGUACUUUAUAACCAAAGCAAUGAAAAGAUAGUGGGUAGGGAAUGUUGGCCAGUUUUGUUUAGUUUUGCAUCACAUUGUCUCCGGACUCUGUCACUAGCCCACAAAAUCGGGCACCCGAAGUGGGAGACUGGAAUGUGCAGAGGUUACCAGUGUGCAAAUGAUAACUACUGACGAAAGAGUCGUCGACUCAGUUAGUGGUUGGAUGUAGUUCACAUUCGUUUGCCUCUGCCCAUUGUUGUCUCUCUAGCAAGGAGAAUAUUCGGGGCAUGAUGCUAUGAGUACUGGGUAAAUGUGGUGAGAAUGCAUGUGUAUAUAUAUCUGCUUCUCAGGUGCAGAAACAGAAAUGUUUUGGAGAUUAUCAGUAGAAAGAGUGUUAUUAUAUUGGUGCUGAGUGGUACGUGUGCUUUUACAAUUUGUUCUUGUAUUUUAAUAAACUUGGAAU